GGAAUGCAGAGGGUGAAGUCUCUGUCCCUGGGGGCCACCAAGUCAAGGCUAAGGGAUCACUUAGGUACAGAUUGGACAAGAAGCUGCUGAGAUCUCAUCGACUGAUGACCUCCUGAGAUUUCAAAACCAUCAGAAGACUUGUCCUAAGGAAAGGAAGGAGCUGAUCAAUGGGUGAGGAAAGGGAGAGAUUCUACAAAGACCUUCACAGGUCCUUCCAAAUGGAAUCAUCAUAGACCUUGAUGCCAGGAUCCAGCAGCUCCCUUUGGACAAAGGAGAGCUAGAGAUCUAUCCAGGGGUAGAGGGGCACAAGCUUAGACCCCCACCUGAUGUGCAGAAACCUCAUCAAAGGGCAGAUAAGGAGCCCUAUAAAAGGCGUGGGCACCUGCAGGCAAUGCGUCCUCUUCUUCCACCCCAUCCCAGUGCCUUGGCUCCCUAGUGCUUCGUCAGUCCAUCGGGAAGUGGCUGGCCGCGUGACUGUGUGUGCCUUCGUGCCCACCACCCUGUGUGUGAGAGCGGACGCUUGGAGAGAGGCAGCUCUAGGACAGAUCAACGGCCGGCUGCGCCAUGGCCCUGCUGCUGACCCCUCUGCUGACCCUAUCCGCGCUCUGUCUGGCCCUGACGGUGCGUGCCCGGCCUCUGGCGGACCCCGGCCCGCACGUCUACUACGGCUGGGGGGAGCCCAUUCGCCUGCGGCACCUCUACACCGCCAACCGGCCUGGGCUGGCCAGCUUCUUCUUCCUGAGGAUCCACCGCGACGGCCGCGUGGACGGCAGCCGGAGUCAGAGCGAGCUAAGUUUGCUGGAGAUCAAGGCGGUGGCUCUUCGGACCGUGGCGAUCAAGGGUGUCCACAGCUCUCGGUACCUGUGUAUGGGAGACUCCGGGAAGCUCCAGGGAUCGGUGAGAUUCUCUGCGGACGACUGCACCUUCGAGGAACAGAUUCGCCCCGACGGCUAUAACGUGUACCAGUCCCAGAAGUACGGCCUCCCCGUCUCCCUCUGCAGCGACAGGCAGAGGCAGCUGUUCCAAGGCAAGACCUUCUUGCCUCUCUCUCAUUUCUUGCCCAUGAUCAGUUCCAUUCCUCUGGAGGCUGAGGAGUCUGGGGGCCGAAGAGAUGCCUUUGACCCCGAGAUGUUUUCCUCGCCACUAGAAACUGACAGCAUGGACCCCUUUGGCCUUGCCUUCAAACUCUCACCUAUAAAGAGCCCCAGCUUCCAGAAAUAAGUGAGGUGCCUUCCAGGAUUUGAGAGCCAAGCCCAGCCUCCCUUUCUCUCAUCCUCAUGGAGCAGAUGGGCUGUGGGGGAGCUGGGGUUACCUCAGUGCUGUCUCAAAAGAUGAAGAUGUUCCUGGAGAGAGUGGCAGUUAUAAUUUUGUGAAUACAUAAAACGUCUCGAGGUGGUACAUGUGUAAGACAUCCCCGGAGAGUGACAGUUAUAAUUUUGUAAAUACAUAAAGUGUCUCGAGGUGAUACAUGUGUAAGACAUCCCCGGAGAGUGACAGUUAUAAUUUUGUAAAUACAUGAAGCAUCUCCUACAUGUGUAAGAUACUGAGCAUCUGCCAAACCCCCUGGCCAAGGGAUCUCUCAUUUGGGCAGGGUCACUUUCCAUGGGGUGCAUGAGAGACCCCUUUCUGCUAUGAAGUAGUGAUUAUGAGAGCUGAAGGGGUGGACUUGACAAACCUCAGGUCCAUUUUGGAAUGAAGCCAAGGCCUAGAACCAGGUUCCUUCAGCUGGGGGAGGGGAGUGACCCAGGACUGGUCCUGAUGGGGCUGCUGUGGACUGGAAGAGGCCCCAUCCCCACCUCUUCAGGUCCUCUUCCUCUUUUUCCUCAUCUUCCUCCUCCCCAGACCAGGACCAGGGUGAAUGACCUCUCUCUUCAGCCUACUAAGCAUCAGAUUUCCCUGGGAGAUAAGGCUGUUAACCCCUCCCUGCCCCCUACUAACUCUGUCUUUCAACCUGGCUUACUUCACUUGAUAGGAAGACAUGAAAUGACCUUGUCACCCCCAGCUUGAUGGCCGCCUGUCUUUUCAAUGUAAACACAGCUUGAAACAGAAAGAGAUAGGAGCCACCCCUGGGCAGCUCAUUGAUCCGAGUCAUCUGGGGGACUCAUCUGGGGGACUCUCAGACACAUCUCUAGAGGGCUUGAGAUAGAUUCCCCCAGAGGUCUCUCCCUUCCCAUGGCAGUGGGCUCUGGGCUCCCUUCAUGCAGGUUGGCUGCUUCCCCUCCUCUGCUUCCUCCUCCUUCUCCUCUUCUUUCUCUUCCCACGCUGCUCUUCCUCCUUCUCCUCCUUCUCUUCCUCCUUUUCUUCCUCCUUUUCCUCCUCAUCUUCCUCUUCUUCCUCUUCCUCUUCUUCCUCCUUCUCUUCUUCCUUUUCCUCCUCCUUUUCUUUCUCCUCCUCCUCUUCUUCUUCUUCCUCUUCUUCCUUAUCUUCCUCCUCCUCUUCUUCCUCUUCCUUCUCCUCUCUUCUCAGUGGUAGAGGGGGAACAGGAGCUGUGAACAAUCCAAGGCCAGCUUGUGGAUGCCUUCCCUGGGUACCCCACCCACUCCCUAGAGCAGACUCCCACUUCUUGUAAUCGGGUCCUCACAGGAAAUCUUGCCCCCUCCUCUGCCCAGCACUUAGCUGCCCCAUGUGCUAUUUAUAAGUAAUUUAUUGUCCCAGGCUCAGCCCUUGACUCUCUGACUUUAUUUAUGCCCUGUCAUAUUUAUGCGCCAAUUGGAGCUUUGUUUUCUACAUUAAAGUGGCAUUGGUUUAUAUC